AUGCCGAAGCGACUUGCUGCAUGUGAGCCCUGUCGCGAAGCCAAAGUCUCUUGUGAUCAUGCCCGACCUACCUGUCGACGUUGCAUAGACAGCAAUGAAUUCGAACUGUGUGUCUAUCGCGAUCGACCAUUCAAAAGGAGACGGACCACUUCCGUUCGCCAGACACCAGAUGCUGUCGAUGCUUCCGACUCUCGGCCAUCUUUGCUUCUACAUAAUGCCAAAAGUCUCAACGACCAUCUGCAAGAACACCUCGUAACAACAUCUUCCAAUAGCCUGCACAACUCGCCUGCAGCGAGCACAUCAGCCCUCCAUGUGUAUCCUAACCCAGGCUACCAAGGACUAUCGAGCCACACCACCAUAUUCGAGACUGUCAAGGCAAGCGGAGGCAGUGAUGAUUUCGCAUCGUCCAAGUGUGUGCUUCACGAGGCAAUAGGAGACCUCGAGGAAGCCGAAGUGGUGCAGCAUACGAAAUUCCUGGACGACCUCAGACGCCUCGAUCUCAAUGCCUGCGCCAAACUGAUCACAAACUGGGUGUUAUCGGGUGUGAAUCUGGCCAUAGCUGGUCCGCUUGUGAUUCCCUGCACAGAAGCCGUUUGUGUCUUGUUCCAAUCUCAAUCGGGAGCCGAGCUUGCGUCGUCUCUGUUAAGGAACUCUCGUGAGCGGCUCACGACAGAUGGCGCCAUGAGCAUUGCUACUUUCUGUAUCACCUACUGUCAGAAUGACCCUGGUUGGGCAACGCUGGGUUUGUUCCUUGUUGCUCUGUGCCGAGCAGUCCAGGAUACGGCGUGCUUUUCAGCACUGUACACUACGAGGUCUAGUCAAAGACAGCUACAAAAGACAUUCCUGCGAUGCGCCGAUCAAUGUCUGGAAAUCUGCUUGUCCUUGGACUGUCUCAACGAUCUGCAGUUAGUUUUGCAGUACGAGAACUUCAUCGCGCACUCCAUGAUCGAUGGUGAUCAAAGUUUCCAUUCGUGGCGUCGCCUGGGCGAUGUUGUCAGCUCGCUUUAUGCUUUGGGUCAUCACGAACGAGUAGACCUUGCUUCACUGAGUUCUGGUGAUCUGAGUAGUCUCCGAAGCCAAACAUGUGCUCGUGCCUUCUCGGCCGACAAGAACAUAUCCAUCUUCCUUGGACGACCUUAUCGAAUGCAUAGCACUCAUAGUACCCUGAAGAUGUCGCGCAGCGAUAUCGAUAGCCUCUUUUCUGCAUGUUACAGCUUAGCAUCCACCAAUCCUUUCGACUACACCAUCGAGACGACAUGGACUGUUGCUUGCGCAUUACUGAAGGAAAGGGUUCUCGAUCUCGUCCGAGUCGAAGACCCUGUUUGUCGGAAAGAGCAGUCCAAUGGCAUUCUACUGGACUGCGAAGCACUUCUCGCAGCGCUUCCCCAUCGCUACCGUCUCACAGACCACCUGAGAUCGUUCGAAGGCAAUGCCGUAGAGCGAGACUUCGUCGCAAGUGCUGCCUUGAACCUGCUUCAUGUCCGCUUCCUUCUACAUUCGGUGUUUAUGACCAAGACUUCAGAGCCGAGCGAGGAGCUUCUAGGAGUCUCCGGCAACAUGUUGAAGUUAGCGGCAGAGGUAGCAGUCUUGCAAAGCUCACUGGACAACUCAGGUACUGGAUUCAUCUGGAAAAUCGCGUUCUAUGGCCUCCCUGCUGCAGGUAUAAUAUGUCUGGCCUUGGUCAACCGAAGUCCACUCCUGCAUGGCUCUUUCCAUACCUCCCAAGCCAUUCAGGACCUCGGUGUCUUGGUUGCCCAUUUCGAUGCUGGAGUGCUCAUUCGUCCGGACGAGCCAAAUUAUGCCCUCUUGCAAGGUGCUACAGUCACGAUCAAAAGUGUGCUGAACCGUGUCAGUCUUGGUGUAUCUCAUUCUGAUGUGCCUGGCGACGUUCUCGUCGGCAUGCCAGAUGCGUCGAUUCCUUUCGGAAACGAAACCCUGGACUUUGAGCUGGACUUUUGGACGAAUCUCGCAGAGCAUCCGGCGUUAUAUCAAGAUGUGUAG